AUGACUGGCGGAAAGUCCGGAGGCAAGGCCAGCGGCUCCAAGUCCAGCGCCCAAUCUCGUUCAUCCAAGGCCGGUCUCGCUUUCCCCGUCGGUCGUGUCCACCGUCUCCUCCGCAAGGGCAACUACGCCCAGCGUGUCGGUGCUGGUGCUCCCGUCUACCUCGCUGCCGUCCUUGAGUACCUCGCUGCUGAGAUUCUCGAGUUGGCCGGUAACGCUGCCCGCGACAACAAGAAGACCCGUAUCAUCCCCCGCCAUCUCCAGCUCGCCAUCAGGAACGAUGAGGAGUUGAACAAGCUUCUCGGACACGUUACCAUCGCACAGGGUGGUGUCCUCCCCAACAUUCACCAAAACCUUCUGCCCAAGAAGACUGCCAAGCCUGGCAAGGGUCCUUCGCAGGAGCUCUAA